AUGGUCAUUUGGAAUUGUAUUGUAUGAAAUAUAUACAAAUGGAGGACCCCCUUACCCUGAAAUGGAUGCAUCGUCUGUUAUUCAAAAACUUGCAACUGGUUACAGGAUGGAGAAACCAACUGCAUGUCCUCAGCACAUAUAUGAUAUAAUGAUGAAGUGCUGGAAAUCGUGCCCUAAUCAAAGACCAACAUUUAACGACAUGUUCAUGACGUUUGAUAGUUUGCUGGAAAUGGGUACAGACUAUUUAGAAACCGAUCCAUAUCCAGCGACAAUAGCGGUAGAAGAAAACAUCCUCAACUCAUUAAAUAUGAAUGCUUAUCCUCCUCACCAGAAACAGAAUGACGAUGGAAUCUCAAUUGAUAGUCAAAGUGAUGAGAUGAAUUGUCAAUCACCAGAAGAGGCACAUAUUGCGUUUUUCGUAUCCAAUGGCAGCACUCCUACAGGGCACGUCAUAGAAUUUAUACCAAAAAUGGAAGAUUCCGAAGCGGACGAGGAUUCAUGAAGUCAUGUGUUAAGCAUUAAAUACAUGUGCAAUCUAUAGGUGGCAGCUAAUGUGUUGAAAUAGCUAUUAGCAGCUAACGACUCUACACCAAUGCACGUUACGUACGUCACAAUUCGCAGAUUAUAAUACAUACAUACACACAAAGAUACACAUAUACAUACACACAUACAUACACCUAUACACGCAC